UCCUAUGGAGUACUAUGCAAACAAAAAAAAACACCUAUUAAUCGUGUUUGACUAAUGGAUUUAUUCUUCUAUCGAUGUAUAUUCAAGUUCUCUUUUUCGAUUCUUUAGUGACUCUCAACAUAUUUUUUUAUAGCUAGAUUCGAACUCGAGAUGUGUUAGUAAUAUUUAUUCAGUCAAAAUUGCUAAAUUAAUGUGGUAAAUUAAGCAAUCAGCUGUACCCUUUGCCAUCAAAAUCUUCAGUUUUCGAAAAUGGGUGUCCUGCAGUGACUCAAAGCUUCAAGAAGAGAAAAAGGUUCUUCCUUUAUUGCAAGGUUAGUUCCCUUCAAUGAAAUAUCAGGUGGUUUACUCAAGAAAAUGAAGAUUCUGAAACAAAUUCGUAAAUUUUCAACCUUUCUUGAUUCAACCAAAAACACCCACCAGGUGUUUGUGAAAUUGAUUGCCCCUAAACAAAGCAAAUUGGAUCCAAUUCCGUUGCCUCACAGAACCAUUUCUGAGCCCAAAGGACAAGAUCUUGAUUUUGUUAAUGUAGCUCAUAGUCAUCUUAUACACUCUGAUUGGACUAAGCUUGAGAAUUUGUCUUCUGGUUUAACCCCAUUUAGAGUUAAGCAUAUUUUGCUGAAAAUUCAAAAAGAUUAUGUUUUAUCUCUUGAAUUCUUCAAAUGGGUUGAGGUUAAAAGUCCAAAUUCGAAUACCCUUGAGAAUCAUUCUAUUGUUCUACAUGUUCUUACUAAGAGUAAGAAGUUCAAAUCUGCUGAGUCAAUUUUGAGGAAGCUUCUUGAAUCAGGUUCUGUAGAUUUUCCUGGUAAACUGUUUGAAGCUAUACUUUUAUCAUAUCGAAUUUGUGAUUCUUCACCGCGUGUUUUUGACUCAUUGUUCAAGUGUCAUGCUCAUUUGAAGAAGUUUAGGAAUGCUAGUGAUACAUUUUGCAGUAUGAAGCAGUAUGGGUUUGUUCCCACUGUUGAGUCUUGCAAUGCAUUUAUGAGCGCGUUGCUUAGUUCUGAUAGGGUAGAUGUUGCAUUGGCUUUUUACAAGGAGAUGCGUCGGUCUAGGAUUUCUCCUAAUGUUUAUACCUUUAAUAUGGUCGUGAGUGCUUUAUGCAAAUCGGGAAAACUAGAAAAGGCUGUUGAGGUCUUAAGGGAGAUGGAGAACAUAAGUUUGAAACCGACAGCUGUGUCUUAUAACACUUUGAUUGCUGGACAUUGUAACCGGGACCUCUUGAGUGUUGCAAUGAAACUUAAGACCACGAUGGAGAUGAAUGGGAUACAACCAGUUAAUGUUACAUACAACACUCUUAUACAUGGUUUAUGCAAGGUAGGGAAAUUACAUGAAGCAAACAAACUUUUCAGCGAGAUGAAGAGAACCGGUGUGGCUCCUAAUGUUGUCACUUAUAAUACGCUGAUAAACGCGUAUAGUCAGGUUGGUAAUUCUGAAAUGGGAAGUAGGCUUUUCGAGGAGAUGGCAAACAAUGGAUUGAAGGCUGAUAUCUUGACUUACAAUGCAUUGAUUAUGGGACUGUGCAAGGAGGGGAAAACAAAGAAAGCUGCAUUGUUGGUCAAAGAACUUGAUAAUGCAAACUUAGUUCCUAAUUCCUCUACUUUCUCUUAUCUGAUCAGUGGACAGUGUACCAGAAGGAAUCCUGAUCGUGCGUUUCAACUCUGUAAAAGCAUGGUUAGAGGUGGUUUUCACCCUAAUAAGCCCACUUUGACUCUAUUGAUAUCCACCUUCAUCAAGAAUGAGGAUUAUGAUGGAGCAAUGGAAGUCUUGAAAGAGAUGCUAGAAAGAUCUAUUACCCCUGACUUGGGUAUGUUAACUGAAAUAUGCAGCAUGUUUCUCAGAUGCGGCAGAGACGGCGUGAUCAUAAAACUCUUACAAGAACUAGAAGCUAAACGCCUCAUGCCUGAAGGUUUUGAUAAAACAACAGUGAUUAGCUCUACAGACGGAAGAUAGAAUGUAUUUUUUUUAACAAGAAAUAGAAUCUAGAUGCUCAUGCCUGAAGGUUCCCAGCACUCAGGUUUGGUCCUCUGGACAGCAAUUCGGCUGGUAUAUACCCCAUAUAGGAAACUGGGCUCUGGGCUGUGAGGUGAGUAACUAUAUUCAACAAUCAUUUGGCAACAUCCUUCCUAAUCCCUUCUAAGUAAAAGGGGAUGUUUUCAGUCCCAAGCAACUUUUGUCAAUACUCCAUUUCAUUCGACAGACUGAAGAUAGAAUGUAAGUGGUACCAAUGAGCUCUUUCUUCAUGACCAAAAUGGUUUGCCUCGUCAAAGAUUGGAACUUGUUUUGCAAAGAUUAGUGUCAACUGUUAAAUGUACUUCUAAAAUGUUACCUGGACAUUGAACAUAUGAUAGUGUCAAUGAGGAUACCAUAUUUAUUUUCUUAAUGAACAACAACAAUUGCUCCUCAAUCUAAGCUAGCUAGGAUCAGCUAGACGUGUAUUUCUUGAUGAAGUUAAACAAAAAUUCUCUUUUGCCA